GGGUGUGCUCUUGGAGUUGCCUUGUGCUUUGUCGCGUUGAGCUUGUCGUGUCCUCCGUGGCCCGUUGCCUGCCGGCGAAUGCGCGGGAGCUGAUCCUCCUCCAACCCACCUUGCGAAUAGUGACACCGCAGGGCGCUUUGCAGUACACACGGCUUGAUGAAGAUACCGAGUCUCUGACGGGCUGUCCGACACCGUUUGGAUGCACCCACUCAACCCCUUUCUCCGUGCCUUCUUCCGAAGCACUGUUCCCGGACAAUGUCAACCAGUCGAGAACCAUGUCCUCCUUGUUCCGACCACGGAGUCGCUGAUCGGCUCGCGCGAUCGGGAGUCCAAUCUCUACUACGUUGAUCUGGUCGCUUCGGAAGAGUUUCUGGGAAGUCAUGUGUUGCGGGUGCCGCUGUCGAGUGGACCGUCAGGAGGGAAAGACGAGGGCAGUGUUCGUGACAGCAGAGGGAAGGCGAAACAAGUGACCACUGUCAAUGGGAGGACGGUCAUCAUCAAGGAGAAUUUGGUUUACAGCAACAAAGGCUUCAAGUCUCUAAGCCAAGCCCAGCUACUCUCCGAUGCGCUCUAUCAUACAUCUGGAGGCGACUCGCAGCCCUGGCUCAUCUAUUACAUCUCUCGGCCGCUGGUUGGAUCCUACGACCCCGCAAAGAUUGUGCCCGCUGUGUUGCCUGGGACUCUGACGGCAAUGGCAACAACAACGGUGGCAAAGAAGACCAGCACCUCUCCGGAUAAAAAGAUUGGCGAAAGCAUUUCUUCUCCGCCAAAGAAGGAGAUCAGGACCUUUGGAGAGCUGCUGGCCAACUUCCCAAUGAUCGCGAGGCAGAUGCAGCCAGGAUUAGAGAGAUUGUUUCGAGAAUUCGGUAAAGAGCUGGGAAGACCGCUGCCACCUCCACCUUCGAGAUCGCCGUCGGUCUCUGAAGAUGGCGAGAGCAAGCGAAACCAUACAGAAAUACUCUCGGACGAAUCCACUUCGAUCCGCAGCUCCUCGACUCAGGGGAGAGGGCGGCUCCCAUUUAACUCCGAAGAGUAUUUUGAAGAUGAUGAGGACCUGAUGCGUCGAAGCCUCGAAACGGCCGUCACAGCGGCAAUUGAUCUUUUCCGCUUGGUGGACAAGCAGCAGCUGUCUCUUCUCGGCGCAACCACCGACCUGACGGGCCCCCUCGUCGAGCGGUUGAUUGAACGCUAUAUCGCCGAACAAGUACAUGACUCUCUUCUCUUCCCGCGGCUGUGUGGCUUUCGCCAGCCAGAAGAUGCAGAGCUGGACGCACGGAUCCGUCAAAUGGAAAAUAUUGACGUCUCUCAGGUCGGUAUUGCCCCCGAGGGCGGGCGUGCUGGCAAAAGAGAAUUGCUGAAACGCUUGGGGAGAGGCGUGGAGGAGUUUCGAAAAAUGUCAGAAGACAAGUGUCCACAGGACAUGUUGAACACCCUUCUGGCCACCGUCAAAGUAGUUUCGUUUCCUGGAACAUACGACACAGCGGAUGCUAUGCCUUCUGAGAAACAAGCGUCGCCUGUGACGAUCAAUGCGGAUAUAUUGGUAUCCUUACUCUUACUAGUUGUGAUUAGAUCUCAAGUCCGCCAUCUUCAGGCCCGACUACUCUACAUGCAGCACUUUAUCUACAUUGACGAUGUCGAUAGCGGUGAAAUGGGCUACGCAUUGAGUACGUUUGAAGCCGUACUCACCUAUUUAGUGGCGGAUUCGGCCGGUGUAAGGCGAGCCAGCUCUCGCAAUAAACGCCUAUGGAAUGCAACGAAGGCUGGCCGCUUAUCCGACAUGAAAGCUAUUUUGGAGCAGCAAGAUGAGGACCCUGAUCUGAUGGAUGACCCAUUCUGCGAGAACGAAACGACUGGUCAAUUCCAGGCGGACGAGCACGAGGACAUUGAUGGCCUUGCCAAUGGAGUUGCAGCAAUGUAUAGCUCUCCGGCUGAUAAGAGUGUCGAGUCGUUGCGCUUCGAAACCACUACCGAAGCUCCUCCAUUGUCACACGUUUUCCCCUUCCAAAAAUGGGACUCUUCGUCUUCGAAGGAAGUUCGGCGGCCAGUGAAGAAAGUCUCGAUGGACGUCCGAAGUUUAUCGGAGUCGUCUGCUGUAUCUUUCUUAUCUCGUACAACCACCAUUAAUUCAAUGACGAGUGGGAUAGAAGGUGACAGCUCGAUAGAGACCUUAACACGGACACAGGAUCCUGCUGGCGACACGGUUCUUAUGAUGGCAGUCGAGAAUCGGCAGGCGGAGGCUCUGCGCUACCUCCUCAGUCUUGAAAAAUAUUUUACUCUUGAAGAGAUGCUCGAAGAUACCAACACCGAAGGAACCACUCUUCUCAGCGCUGCUGUUCAGCUCGCUCACACCGAUAUAGUGGAGAUACUUCUUGAAUUUCUGUUUACCAAGGCCGACAAGCUGGCAAUUGCCAGAUAUCUUACCAAGACAGACAUACAUGGCCGCACGGUCGGCCACUAUCUCUUUAGCACGCCAAACUUGAUGUCAAAACUCGGAAGUCUGUUACCCUGGCGCCAGCAAGACAAGCAUGGACAAACCCCACUGUUCGCCCUUUGCCGCUCUUAUGACCAUUCGGACUAUCGAGCUAUGGUUCAUCAAGCCUUAUCCGAGGCUCAGAGGGCUCAGGGAGAUAGCAAGCCACUACGACUUGAUGAUCAUGUAGACUCCAAAGGCAACACAUUGCUGCAUAUUGUGAGUGAUCCAGAGAUAACGGUACGGAUUCUACGAGAUAGCGACUGCGAUCCAAAUGCCACCAACGACAAACGAUUUACUCCCUUGAUGAUGGCCAGCAAAUACGGGCGUGUGGACCAAGUGCGCAUGUUGUUCAUGGACCCGCGGGUUGAUGUCCAUCUUAAAGAAGCUCGGGGAUUGACAGCGGUCGAGCUUGCAAAGGAUGACGAGGUCCGCAACCGGAUUGAUGAUCUGAUUCUCCUUUCCACACCGUCAUCUGCGUCGGUUGCAGACUCUUCUGGCCGUGUCACAACCGUCGUUCGGUCCUUUUUCGUCGAGGACGCUACAGUUCGCUUUGUCAUAAAGUCCGGUGCCCCCAAUCCACCCUCCGACUCGGUUAUCUCCCGUCCAGGGUCAACCACCUAUACCGUCACCACCUGCCGGCGGAAUUUCUCUGAUUUUGAGAACUUGGCCAAGUGGCUUGCAGUUGAACAACCUGCCUCGUACCUCCCUCCUCUCUAUGAAUUCCGCAGCCCUUUUCAGAUCCACUCCAAACCCUCUCGUUCUGUUCUGCAUCACUUGCAAGAGAGACUGGACAAGUUUCUCAAGAUCUUACUCUCUCAUCCAACCUUUGCGACGCAUGAGAUGCUCUGGGAAUUCUUCCUCGUGCCGGAGCUUCAGCCGGAGAUGAUGGCGGACCGGUCACGGCGCAAAGCUCUUGUUCUCUCAGAAUCGAUCGCGGACGACUACGAGCCGGUCACCCUAGAAGGAAUGAGAGACACAGAACAGUUCGUCACACAUGCGCAGGAUAUGGUUCGUGCAGCCCAUGUCAACACCCGAAGUUUGAUCCGUCGGGGCCAUGCGUUGCAAAAUGCUUCCGCGGAUCUCGCUGACGCCGUGUCGCUAUGCUCCGCCGCCCUGUCUACUCUCGGGGCACCCACCCACGCUCUCCCUAAAUCGCACAUCGACGCCUUUUGCCGCUACGCUACAUGCCUAUCUACCUCCACGUCCGACUCGUCACCUUUGCUCCAGUACCUCGCCGCCCUCAUAUCCAUCGACAGCACCACCUCCGCCAUCCUCAAGUCCCUGUCCCGUCCGACCAACCUUAUCUCGACCCUGACCUCCACGAACCGCAACCUGUCCCGUUCGCGGUCCUCGCUUGUCUCCUCCUCUCUUCCGCGAAAAUUUAACCUCAAUUUCGCAGGCCUGGAGGAAUCCCGCCAGAAAUCUGUCCGCGACCUGGAGCAGAAGGUUCGCGAAACGGAGAACCAGGCGUCACGGCUCGCGCGCGAGAUCACCUGGAACAAGGAUGUUGUUGUCGGCGAACUUGCCGGAUGGACCUCGUGGCGGGAACGGGUCGGCCGGGACGCCAUCCGGUCCUUCGUCAAGGCAACCCUCAUCCGGGAAAGGGAGCGGGGGAAACGGCUUGAGCGGUGUCUGCGAAGCGUGCAGGCCAUGGAGAUGGUCACGGAUGAAAGCAAGACGCAUGACUUAGAUAAGAGUUGACCUGGUUUCCUCCCCUCCCUUCCCUUCCCUUUCUUUCUUUCUGAUGAAAAAUUACUACCUUAUGAAUAUAGAUAAUCACUCGUUCAAUCCUGUCCACCUAGACUAAGUAGUAUAUAACUAUUCGCUGUCAUAGAAAUAAAGUAGUCAUUCAUAG